UGCAUGUCCUCCGCAGGUCAGGCGGAUGAGCCACAGUGCGGAAUUAUGGGCUCCUCGUCCCGACGGCGACGAGACGGCGGCGGGAUCCGGAUCAUCGGCGGUGAAGACGCCGGUCAGGGCGUGUUCCCCUGGCAGGUGUCUCUCCAGAUGAACGGGAGACACAUCUGUGGUGGAACCCUCCUGAGUAACGAGUUCGUCCUGACUGCAGCCCACUGUCUUCGCAGUACAAACGCCAAGUUGUACACUGUCCGGGUGGGAGAGUGGCACCUGCAAAGUGGAAGCGGGCAGGACGUUGCUGUUGCAGAAGGCGGAAUCCGCAAACACCCGCAGUUUAACCGCGUCCGGGGGAAGAGAUUCGCCAACGACAUCGCUCUGCUGAAGCUGUGGACCUCAGUGGACCAAGCUGUGGACCUCAGUGGCACACAUGUCGGCCCUGCCUGCCUGCCGCCGGCCCUUAGCAGCGCGGACUACCAUGACUACCGCGGCACCGACAACUGCUGGCUGUCCGGCUGGGGAGUGGAGGAUGCUCAGGCCAACCAACUGGCAGACCAACUGCAGAAGGUGACCGGCAGCAUAUGGACAACUGAUGAUCUCAAUGCGGCAUGGGGCCGUUUUAGCCGUUUUCUACCCAACAACGCUGUAGGAUUUGGGGAUACAGCGACAGAAGGCGGAUUUAGCGCCUGCAAGGGUGACUCGGGCGGUCCGCUGGUGUGCCCCAAGGAAGACGGCUCCGGUGCGUACGACGUGGUCGGCGUGGUGUCCUUCGGCCCCUUCAGGUGCUCCGGCAAGCCUGGAAUCUUCACCGAAGUCGCUGCUUACCGGAACUGGAUAGACGAAAUAAUGGAAAGCUACUAACGGCGCGACCAGCGCGUUCCCCCGCGCUCUACCCCCUCCCUCCGUAUAACUGUUGCUAAACCAAACACUGUGUCUCUGCCACAUUCCGGAUUCUAAGUGUUAACUAAACAGGCCGGUUUAGUGUCUCGCCUUGCAGUACUAGUAGUAAGUAUCUUUUCCGAAAAUCAUCGCAUCUGUAUCGAUCUAUACAGCCGGUUUAACGGCCCUUCAGCGUAACUCACAAGCUAUCAUAUUCACUAUCUUCAAGUUCGCAAUCCUCAGUUUUUAUCAAUGGUCUAAAAUGAACAAAUGAGAGGGUGGGGAGACGGAGGGAACGCAUGCGCGCUUUGGCGGCUGCCAUGGCCGAGCCACCAUCCGUAGUCUGGCUCACAGGAGCCUCGUAGUGGACCCCGCAGUGGGGCGCACCUCACGUUACAGGCUAGGUUCACUCUGACAUUAAAUAUAGUAUUGGUAAACUCUGUUCACUCUGCCAUUGUUACAGUAUUAUAAGGUAAUUAAACUCUGUCGAACUCUGCCAUUGUUACAGUGUAGUUACUUUAAACUCUGUUGAAUCCUGUACCCAUUAUGGUAUUAGCUGAACUCUGCACCUGACGAAAAUGUUCAUUCUAUCAUCUGUACAAAGAUUGUUAUACUCUGUUAACGGUAUAACUUCGCAACGUUUUUAAGAUCAUAUCGCGACCUAAGCCUACCAGUAUUCUA